CUCCAGGCGCACUGUAAUUGCGCGCGUCCUCAAGGAUAGUGCCCUUCACCCUUGAGACCUUUCCCAGAGCAUUGGCUGCUGCUUGACGCUGUGUCAUCGUUAGUAGGGCAGUCUCCUCUAAGCUCAUAUACGCGCGCUUCCGGACUAUCCUCAUGGUACCCCGGCGUGAUGGGCUUGAUGCUCAAAAGCGAAAUGGCGACGACCGUCCCUCCUGGGUGAUUGACGACGACUCUCCAAUGACCGCCACCUCAUCUCAGUUCUCAAGACCCACUGACGACGACGAUUACACUCAGUACGGGCCGCUCUCUUCAACGACUUGGGAUCCACCGCCGUUCGCCAGUCAACAUCUCGCGUCGAGCACAUUUAUCACAUCAUCCACAGUCAACACCACACCCCAGCUUUCCACAGGCGGAUACACGGCUACCGUGACGGCUUCCAUCUUCCCGGUAGCAUCAGAUUCUCCAAGCACAGACUUUCCCUCUAUCGAAGGAGGAUCAACAGCAGACCACGAACGAAAGGAGCACUCAAACCAGGGUCCGAUGUACGCUGCCGCAGGUGCAGUCCCUGUCAUUGUCAUCGCCAUCAUCGGGCUUGUUGUCUUCUUCUGUAUGCGGAAGCGACGGACGCAGAGGCGACGGACGCAGAGGCAACAACAAGCGGCAACACAGAACCAUGUCGUGCCGGAGGUGAAAUUCCAACAACCCACGGUGCAUGCAUAUAGGGCUCCCGCAGUCCCGGUCUCGAGAGCACCUUCGUAUACUUCUUAUGAGGACAAUAUGCAGCGUCCGACCUCUCCGCCGCCCGUUAUUCUAGGUCCAAUAUCAGCUGGUUCUAGCGGCAACUAUAUGACUGGAAUCGAUACGUCCGAUAUCAUAUCGACGCGGAACGAGCGGAUGGGGCUGGGCGAUCCGUUCGUAGAUGGUAGCAGCCUUCACGAAGAACCACCUCCGCCAUACAAACCCCGAAGCGUUGCCUCACGGAACAGUAGCCUUAGGAUACCUCGCUCGUCGAUGUCAGUCUCGUCACAACACUCCCGUUACUCCUCCCAAAGACAGGUGUUCCGGCCGCUGCAAAACCCAUUCGAAGACCCGCGGGAAGACGACGCCGUGUCGAAUUUAUCAGGUCCCACUCUUCACAGAAACUCUGACAACAUGUCCGUUGUGUCCGACUUUUCGUAUCAGCAGGAUCCGCAGGUGGGCAGAAGAUCGCCUUGAUGUUAACUUUUCCACGGAGGUCGAUUGACCUUCCCUCGCUAAUGGUCUGGACUCGGCACUCGCAUCUUAGGGUGACACGGGACCAUGUUGGGUCGUUGGCUUUCUGGCCCACAGUGGUAUGCUGCCAUGCAAUGGCAACAUCAACGCGCGAAACGUACGGAGUCGGCGACCAACACGAGUUCUAUUUGUUAAUAUCUGUACAUGCUUUUGGAAAGGGGUUUACUCGUCAUUGGCCCACUUCGUAUGAUGGCGAACAGACGCCAAUUUUUUCUUCUUUUGAGGGCAUGGAGGUUGGGAUUGUUCGUACGAAUGCAUGAAAAUUGGGUCAAAUAUAGCAGCCGAAGUUAAUGCACCGAAUUUAC